AUGCUUUCACAGACGCUUUUCCGUUGUCUUUCCUCUCGUUCCCUUUCCCUGUGCUUGGGGCUGUCGGUGUCUCUGUUCCAUUUCCCCCCUUCCCCUGUGAGGGUGUCACAGCGUUUCUUCACCAAAGACCCUUUACCCGGGAGUCUGGAGGAUACCUUACGGGAGGCCCUUGCGCACACGUCCAGUUGGACAGAGGACUUCGAGGGGGUUUCCCCUUCAUCACCAAAACCGCCACCGGGGAGCUCGGAGGGGGCGGUUGGGGGCGGAACGGACGGGGCUACACGGACUGAAAAGGCCCCUAAAGGGGUAAACGACAAGGGGGAAAAGGGAGCCAACCCCGAACGGAAUGCGAAGGAUGAUAAGGAGAACGGAGAUGAAACCCUUGCUUCUGUGCGGCGAAGGCGUCAGAAGCGUCGAUUUCGUUCGGUAGAUACGAUCUUAGGCGACAUCGUCAACGAAGCCAUUCAUUUGCGGGAUAAAGGGGAGAAACCGAACACCGAUUUCAUCUACAAACGCACGCAGGAGCGGAUUUAUGAGGCGGAGUACGGGCGAAAGCCGUCAGGUGCGAAGGAAUGCGCAUCGAAGUACCUGCCAUUUCCCCCAGAUCCGCAUCUUCGCCGUAUCUUUCCUAUGUAUGACGAGGAGGUGGAGAUAAAGGGCGGGUCAAAGAUGGGUGGGCUCGGGCUGAGGAAUUUCUUACCGGAGGAUCCCUGGCCGGAGCGCGCAAUCACCACAGCUAACCCCGUCUGGUCACGGCGAAUGGUUGAGAUAGAUGACCGCGAGAACGACGGGAAGGGGCUGAAGGAAUGGGAGGACCGCUUGUUCAACCCUCGUGAGGGGUUCGACCUCCUCGGCGAAUUCACUGAUGCCGUUGAUGAGCUUCGGCACUGGAUGUGCGAAUUAAUUUCCUUCCUGCGUGAGGUCCCCAUCACCCAGCGCCGGACGCUGCCUUUUUUACAUGAAUGGCAUCGCUUCCUUGUUCAUCGUUUGGUUCGCGCGGAGAGGCGGUAUGGCCAGGUCCGCGAUGCCGCUCUUGCCCAUUCUAAGGCCUCCACGGCGCUGUAUAAGCGCACAGAGGAGCUUUUAGAUUAUGUACGCGAAAUAUACAUUGAGGCCCAUCGCUCGCUAUCGAGUCCGAACUACGACCCAUUUCGGAUGAAAAAAUCAGUCAUCGCGUCCUUUAUGAAGAUGAAUAAUUCCGAGUUUGAGGAGUGGAAGGAAGAGCAAACGCGGCAACAUAACAUCAUGAUCGCGGAUUUAUCAUAA